AUGUUGGCCCCAAUCGACUUCGUAUCCCCCCACACCGCCAUCUUCCUCUUCUUGACUCUGCCUAUCGCUGCACUAUGUCUCGUUGUUCGAAGUACCCUUGGGGGACAUCGGUCCCGCCGGAUACUACCGUCCACGUCGCUGGAGAGUCUGGGCAUGGACAUGGACAAGGAGGUCGUGGGCCCCGAAUCCGCUCUGCCACGCGGCUGGCCGCAGACCUGGAUUUGUGUCGGCCACCGUGGCCGCUUUGUCAAGUCGGGCGACUAUCUCGCCCUCGAUCUUGCUGGCUUUCGCAUCUUCCUGAUCCUCAGCAAGGAUGGCGUCGUGCGUGCGUUCCACAACGUCUGUCGCCACCGUGCCUUUCCCAUCACCCGCAAGACGUCCGGAACCUCGACCGUCCUCGCCUGCCAGUAUCACGGCUGGACCUACAACACGCUGGGCCAGCUGACUAAUGCACCUCACUUUGAUCAGCUGCCGGGUUUUGCCAAAUCGCCAAACGGUUUGUUCGCCAUCCACACAAAGACGGACAGUCGCGGCUUUGUUCAUGUCAACUUGAGCGGUAGUCUCGAGGCAGGAGACAGCAAGGUCGAGGACGCCGAGAUCACCGGCCGACCGGUCCACAUCAACGGGUGCGCCCGGCUCAUCUACAGCUGGGAAGGCAAGGGGCAGUUCAACUGGAAGAUUGUGGGCGGAGCGAGUCCUCGGGCGACAUUUGUUAACGUGCCGGCCAGAGGCCUCCUCGCCCAGGCCCUCGCAGCAUGUGGCCUGGUUUCUACAACUACCGGCCAGCUGCAGUUCUUUCCACUUACGACAGUGCACACAAAAGUGGGCAGCCCUUUCUGGUACCAAAUUGUCUACUCGCCCGAAUCUCCUCAGAAAACUACUGUGCGAUGCGAUGUCUACACCACUCAGAAGACGGAUCCUUUGUGGCGCUUUGAGGAUGAGGCAAAAUUUCAUCUUGAAAACCACCUGCAACUUAUGCUAAAAAGUUAUGAGAACACAUACUCUGAACUCAGCAACUUUGUUCCCAAUUCGCCCAGGGACGGCAGAAGUCUUUUAUGUCAAGCUAUAACGUGUACCAACACCAAGUUAGAAUGGUGA